UCUUCCAAUCCCGCAGCACCGUCUCCUGCCUGCGGUCACAUCUUGUUGCCAGAACUUCAGUGACGCGGUGACACAGGAUUUCAGUGUUAUUCAUUCCCCCUCUGCGUCUUUUUUCCUUCGUUUAACUGCGUUUAUUUUAGCAGCACAUCUCACGAGGGGCUGGUCCAUCGCUGCAGCAGUUUGUACCCCUACUUCCAGCCAGCCCCCCCUGUUGGAGCCGCUACUGGAUGUUUUGUCACGGACGGUGAGAGAGCUCUGAUCCAUCAGCCGACGUUAAGACCUCUGAGCUUUAAGGAUCAGAUUCUUAUUUAGAAACGGUUAUAUAAUCUGGUAAACACUGGCGUUUUGUGCGCGGGUCUUUCUCGUUCGUUUCCCAGCUACUUAUUUAUUCAUUUUAUUCUGUUGUAGACUAGAUAAUUCCCGUCCGUGUUCAUGCCAGAUCUGCAGCGCUUUAGUUUUCCAUACCAUAGCAUGAAUCCUUUGUUGGGGGCCAACACACAUCUCCAACAGCAUCCGCAGCAGAGUCAAGCCCCCGGACACCCAGACUCCCCCUCAGGCCUCCUGCCCGACACCGUUUUCGGUGUAGCUGACCCGACGUCCUUUUUUCUGGGUGAGCAGCCUGUGCCGGGCCCUGAUCAGGGAGGGCCUGACUUCACCGCACCCUCACAGACCUCACCUUUCCUCCAUCCCAACCACACUCCCUUCCAGCACCGCGCUGUGCCGCACCCCCCUGCAGCCAUGGCUCUCAGAAACGACUUGGGAUCCAACAUCAGCGUCCUCAAAACUCUCAAUCUGAGGUUCAGAUGCUUUUUGGCUAAAGUGCACGAGUUAGAGCGCAGGAAUAAGAUCUUAGAGAAGCAGCUGCAACAGGCGCUGGAUGCCAACAAGGGCUGUCAAGGUGGAUGCUGUGAGGGCAGGGGGCAUACACAGGAGGCGAGUGUGCAGACUGGAUUUGUGGGGACCAUACCGCUCAGGCCUGGCUCCCUCCCCUUCCACAACACCAACAACUCAGCCAGGAGGCCUACGACACUGUUCCCACCACCUCUCACAACAACCCUGCAGCCUGCUACUGCUGAUAACUCCAGCUCAACCCAAACAAAUGCCACUUUAAACCCAGCCAUCACCAUCAGCCAGGCCUCUCCCUGUGUGGACUCCCCUGGCUCUGCCUCCAGAACUGUCACCAACACCAGCGCAGGCCCGGGGAGCUCCACCAACCCUCCACGGUUCCUCCCAGGCACCAUCUGGUCCUACAACCAUGCACGCAAGUUUGGUGCUGGUGCAGAGCGUCUGACUAGCCCAGGGGUGUCCUGGAUGCAUCCUGAUGGAGUCGGGGUCCAGAUUGACACCAUCACCCCUGAGAUAAGAGCCCUGUAUAAUGUCCUGGCCAAAGUGAAGAGGGAGAGAGACGAGUAUAAACGCAGAUGGGAAGAAGAAUACACAAUGAGGAUGGAUCUGCAACAGAAGAUUUCGGACCUACAAGAGGACCUGCACGAGAGUGAAGGCUGUCAGGAUGAGCUGGCUCUCAGAGUGCAGCAGCUGAAGGCGGAGCUGGUUCUCUUCAAAGGCCUCAUGAGCAAUAACCUGUCAGAGUUGGACAGUAAGAUCCAGGAGAAAGCCAUGAAGGUGGACAUGGACAUCUGCCGCAGGAUCGACAUCACUGCUCGUCUCUGUGACGUAGCUCAGCAGAGAAACUGUGAAGACGUGAUCCAGAUGUACCAGGUUCCGAACAACCAAUCAUCCCUAAACUGCCGCCGGAAACAAACUCCUCUGUCCUUCAACGGGAGCGAGUGUGAUGAACCUGUCAGCACUUCCGAAAGUGACGGGGGCGUGGUCAAAGACGAAGAGCAUGGUGGCUCAUCGGCCAAUCAAAUUAAUGAGGAGAUGCAGAGGAUGCUGAACCAACUGCGUGAAUGCGAGUUCGAGGAUGAUUGUGACAGUCUGGCCUGGGAGGAGACUGAAGAGACGCUGCUUCUCUGGGAGGAUUUCCCAGGAUGCACUUUGCCUCCUGACCCCACCCACCCACCAGGAGAGGAGGACUGUCUGGAAAAGGUGAUUAAUGACACAGAAUGUCUUUUCAAGUCCCGGGAGAAGGAAUAUCAAGAGACGAUUGACCAGAUUGAGCUGGAGCUGGCUACGGCAAAGAGUGACAUGAACCGACACCUCCACGAGUACAUGGAGAUGUGCUCCAUGAAGAGAGGCCUGGAUGUUCAGAUGGAGACGUGCAGGAGACUCAUAACGCAGAGUGGAGACAGUAACACUGUGGCGCCUGCGUCCUCUGAGGACAGCGACCAGAGAGAAAACGACAGGUCUUCAUCGUCUCCGCCGUCUUCCUCGAGCACUAGGAGAUCUUGACACUUCCUCACUCCGGCUGUAACGGGGGCUGUGGUCACGUGACCUCCGCUGCAUCCAGCUACAGUACCACACCGACGCAAUACACACCUGUAACUAUGGCAACACCAUGUUUACAUAUGAACCUCUUUAUUUACGGAGUCAUAUCGUUAAUUCUUUCUGCUGUCCACAUAAUCAGCUUUGGUCUGAGGAGACUUUGAGCACUGAAACUGUGACUGAGUAGCAGAGCUGGAUUUUUGUCAUUACUACUUCAUGCAGAUGUCACUGCCCUGCGGGGGGAGGGGUCUUCUUACAGGUGGAGCUUGUCAUGUUGUGAUUGACAGAGAAACAUUAAGAAAGUAAUUCUUAUAAUGGAUUGUCCUGUGAAGAUUUAGAAAGUUGAGGAUCCUGAAUUUAUUCUAAUUCUAGUUCUGAUGUCAUUGCAGUGCAGUGCUGUAGGCUACAGGAAAGCAUAGCAUGAUGUAUUCACUCUACACACAAUAAAAACACUUAGCCGGGCAUCUGAAGCUAAUCAGGCGAAUAUAUGAUGUAAAGUCACCAAAACUAACCCUAGAAAAUUUACUCCACACAAGCCUACAGGCCAAGAAAAGACAGAGCAGAAUCGUUUCAGACUAAAAGUACUGAAAUAAAGGUCCUGAGCGAUGUUUGCAUGGGGCAUAGUACUACCUGAACACCUCUCAUGAUUUGUGAUAACUGCGGGGGUCAUUUGUGAUCAUAAUACUGCGUGAAUCUGCCAUGCCUAUAACUUGCCAAGUAAAAAUUCCACCACAAAUGACUAUGUACUGUUGCCAUUUUGUUUUUUAAGCUUUAAUAAAGUGUAAACAGCCAAGAUAUAUACAGUCGUCAUGAACAUGGAAAUUAGCAAUCGAGACCAAACCCAUUUUUUUGUACCAGGCUGUAAACAUGUUUAUUUCUGGAGCCAGCCUCAAGUGGCCAUUCAAGGUACUGCAGUUUUUGGCGUCAUAUUUCACUGCAGAGGUUGCCGCUUGACCGACAAAAUUUCCCUUAACACAGAGGUCAUGUGAUCAUUUUAGUUCCCUGCGACAUCUCUGUGAUUUGGGGUGAUUUCUGCCUCUUUCCCGGUCGAGAAUUAUGGAGGCUGCCUUGGCAAUUAUAAAUGAAUGUUUUGACAACAGUUUGAAUGCAAAGUCAGGAGGCUCAUCUUGCUACACAAUAUAGAUGUGAAUGCGGAGCCUUGAUAUCAUAUCCAGGGGAUAAUGUCAGUAAAUUUAAGUCACAUACAGACAAGGGGGAUGCUAAUUUCUAAAUCGCACGAGGUCCCCUGGUAAUACUAGUCUUGUGUGAAUAGGGCUCUGAAGCGUAUUCCUGAGUUUGAUAUUGAUGAUGAAGAGCUUGAGUCUUUGAAGUCUAAUACGAUGUCAUGAUUCAGCAUUUUACUGCCUUACAGCUGCAGAUUCAGAGCCUGCUGUCUACCAGAUUAAACCACAGGCAAAGCAAACCUUAAGUCAUAAAUAAAUCAUAACAUCUGUGCUUAAUUUAGCAAAGCACGAAGAGGACAAAUGAGGCAAAACAUGACCAAAACAUCAGCUACCAACAGGCUUCUUUCCUUUUGCUGAUAAGAAUUAGGUAUCAUCCAGGAAACAGUAAAAGAAGGUUUUGGUGGUGUGAUCACAUUAACCCAUUUAUCUGCUGUAAAUUACCCGAAUCAGAAAUCCACCGUGAAUCAGUUAAGUGAUUUGUUAAAUCUAGACUAAAGGAAUAAAUGGGCAACAUAACACAUCAUGUCACAGCACUUCAUUAUUUUAAGAGCAUUCACAACAUUGAUAGUCAGCAUCAGCAUCAUUUUGGUGCCAGGUUUAGAAAGAGCAAACUGCAUUAACGUAGCAACUCUCAUACUCAAAAGAAAUCCAUCCUAGAAUAGGCAGCGAGGGAAUUGUUAAACAAGGUCAUUUAUAAAAUUUCAUCUAAACAUCUGAAAUGUAUGACUGUGUAGAAAGGGCAUUGCAAAGAACAAAAGUAUAUUCAUACACAUAAGUAUGGAGCUGGGGAGGGGGGUAAUAUUCAGAUAAAAAAAACUAUUAUCUCCAAGAUUAAAGUUACAAAUUUACAUAAUAUACGAGAAAAAACUUGAAUAUUCUCCGACAUUAUAAAGUCAUAAAUUUGUGAGAAAAUUUUCAAAAUUUCUCUGAGAUUUAAGUCACAAAUUUUUAAGAAAAGAACUCGGAAAAAUAGGAAUGAAAUCACAUCUAACCAAAAACACAUUAAAGCUCUAUUGGUGUAAAGACGGGUUGCCAUUACUAGUUAAUAGUAAAAUAGUAAAACACAUUUUUUUUUUGUUUGAAUAUAACCCCCUUUCCCCGACUUUUUUUUUUUUUUUAAACCUAUUCCAUGUUACAAAUAAGUGAUUAAUCGAUUUUAUACGCCGUCGUAGAAAUGCAUUGAACAUCUCAGAUGAAACUGUUAAUGGUGCUUCAUAAGAAACCCAAAGUUGCAGCUGACAGCAGAGACGGAUGCUGUCAGCGUCAGAGGGCGGCAUGUUUAUCCUCAGUUUUAAAUAUAGCCGCGGUCUAUGUCUUGUGCAGUUGAUGUCCAGUCUGCACCCUCUCGAAGCUGAUCUGGAGUCAGCGUUGGCUUGUCAUUCUGCUCUCUGGCAGUAAAAGUACUGUGUGACAAAGUGCACUGACGCCCAAGUGUCAUGUAGCUCUUACUAAUUAGUUUUAUUUUCAGCAGCAAUGCUUAGAUUAGUCAGUCAUAAGUCAGGUCCUGUGCGUUGAACAAGAAAAGAUUGUCAUAAAAUAAUGUAAGUUAGCCGUUGAGUGCCAAAAUAAGAUGGUGAGAAUGAAUCAACAGGAAAUUGCUGUAAAAAAAAAAGACUAAAUAUAGCUGCCGAGGCUAUUUCACCAAGGUGCUUGAUGUAUAUAACUAAACCUAUUUUUGAGCCUGUUUGCACAUAGAAAGGAAGAGCAAAGCAAAAAUGCAUAUGAAACAAUCAGCACUAUUGUACAACAUGUAACAUAAAAAUGUAGACGAGCUGAAAAUAGAAACCUAUAUUUCUUCUAUUCAUAUUUCAUCUUUUACAUGUUGCAGGUGGGGUACUAGAAUAAUGAAUUAAACACGAACACAUACCUCAUUUUGACUUUAUUUAUGUUUUUCUGGGCACAUUUAACCAUGAACUUUAACUCACUGCUGCAGUAAAACACAUAUUAGCAUACUGCUGUCAGGGGAACGCCCCUCUGCCAUCACUGCUCUGUGAUCAGACACUGUUGUCUAAAUAUAGUCCUGGCUGUAGUUUCUUCUGUGUGGUUGUACCAGGUGAGAUAUUUCUUCUGCUUCUACUGCGACUCACACUUCAAUGCUUUGUUAUCACACAGCCAGAGGACAGAUCUGAAGCUUAUAUAAACUCAUGCAUGUGUGGCUGUUGGAAUCAGCUGAGCGCGCUAAUCGCAGCGUUUCCACUACUGUUUGAAUUCAGAAGGAGGAUGUCUGUCAAGGAUAAAUUGUGUGCGACAUAAAACACGCCAUUUCCCUUUGUACAGUUUUUCUUUCACGCACUGAGUGAGUCUCUAUGUAUGCAUGUGCCAGUGUGUAUGUUUCUGGGUGUUAUGUCUGUAUACUGAGUGUUUUUAAAAAGACUUUUACUGGUGCAGAUGCACAACAUGAAGAAGAAGGAAACAUAGCAAGUCCAAUUUGUUGUCUCAUUGUGGGUAGCAUUUGAGACUGAGCUGUCUUUUUGACAAUAACCACCCCUAAAAUUGUAAAUAUUUAAAUCAAAUAACGAUGGAGUUCUUUUGUUUUUCCAUUGGUACUUUUUCUUUAUGAGUGUAUGUGGCUGCCAAAUAAAGUCAGUUUAAAAAUAACUCAAGUUAAAACAAAAAACAACAAAACAAAAAAGAUCCUCUGAAAUGCAAAUGCUUUAGCGAAAUGACUGUACGAUGGCUUUGAUUAUAUGUGUAAAGGAAAUAUAGCUUUGAAUAUUUACUUGUGUUCAAAGACUGCAAGCAAAGAUUGUCGACUGUCACACACCUGGAAAGAAACUUAAGAUAAGAUAAAAUGACCCGAUUGCUUUAUUUAGCUGAUCAACGGAAAUUAUGGCGGUUAAAGACAAAAAACAUGUUUUUUUUGUCACUUCUCUCACAUUUUAACAGAUGAGACAAGAUAUUAUGAUUCAAUUUGUGUCCUAAAACAAUCUGCUGAUAAUCCUGAGUAUUGGCUGAGUACUCCAGAUGUGUGACGAUGCAGCUUUAAACAUCAAGACAGUAAUUUAGGCUAAAUAGCUUCCCUGCAGAGCUACAGUAUGUAACAAGAGAGAUUGAAAGAAUAAAAGAUUCAACUGAGCAACGA